GCUCCCUCCGUCAGCCCCGUGGAGCCGUUACCUGCGGCGGGGCCGCGCCGCCCCCGGCCCCAUGCGGAGGCGAAGCGCUCGGCCCGAGCCCCGAACAGGUUGGCGGCGGCGGGCCGGGGGAGACCCACCAGAGACCCGCCCGCGGGGUGGGCAAUGCUCAGUGACAGUAACUCUGUGAAGCCGAAAAGUGAUUGCUCACCUCCUGUGCAAUGGUGUAAGGUGGUUGCGUGUGAAGAUGAGAAGACGAAGCUGGUUUUUAAAAGGUACUCGCAAACUUCUUGCACUGUGUGUGGUUGGAGGGUGCUUCCUUUAUAUCCUCAAGUUACAUUUUGGCCCUGAAGAAUGUGACAGAACAAAAAUGCCGUAUGUGGACCUCGAUCGUGUAAGGAGAGCACAACAGUACGCCAGCGCUGCAUUGCAGGAACAGUGCCGGCCUUCUUAUGUGAAGAAAGAGAUGGGGAAGUUAUUUGCGGAGAAAUACAGCAUGGACAUAUCUCCCUUUGUAACAAAAAAUAUAAAUGAAGAUGAAGCUUUAUUUAAAUAUGGGCCUCCUUUUGGAUUUUACAAGUACUUCGAUAAGCUUAAAAAUCUCCUUGAACUCUUACCUGAACAUGAUUUACCAGAAGAUUUGAAGUCAAAACACUGUAAGCGUUGUGUUGUUGUUGGCAGUGGUGGAAUUCUUCAUGGAUCAGAGCUGGGUCACUUGUUGAAUCAGUUUGAUAUUGUCAUAAGGUUAAAUGAUGCACCAGUUCAGGGAUACACAGAUCACGUUGGUAACAAAACUACUAUACGGAUGACUUACCCGGAGGGAGCCCCCCUUUCUGAACACGAGUAUCCUCCUGCUAGCUUGUUUGUGGCUGUUUUGUUUAAAAGUGUUGACUUCAAUUGGCUUCAAGCAAUGGUAAAAAAUGAAACCUUGCCUCUGUGGAUGCGACUCUUCUUUUGGAAGGAGGUUGCUGAGAAAAUUCCUUUUACGUCAAAGCAGUUUCGGAUUCUGAAUCCAGUCAUCAUCAAAGAGACGGCUUUGGACAUUUUACAGUUCCCUGAACCUCGAUCAAAAUUCUGGGGUUGGGAUAAGAAUGUACCUACAAUUGGGGUCACAGCAGUUGUCCUGGCCACACAUUUGUGUGAUGAAGUGAGCUUAGCAGGGUUUGGCUAUGACCUGGAUCAGCCCAGCACACCUUUGCACUACUACAACAACCUCUGCAUGGCCGCCAUGAACAGACAAACCAUGCACAACGUGACCAGCGAAACAAAAUUCCUGCAAAAACUCAUCAAAGAAAAAGUUGUCAAAGACCUGACGGGCGGGAUACAUUGUGAAUUCUGCAGCACAGACAGCUAGUGACUGAAAUGCGCUCUGGUUUGGAUUUGUUCCAUUUGCAGAGGUUCAGCUGGAGCGACGUUUUCACUGUCUUCAGUAGUUCUUUAAAGUGUGUCUAGAACGGACGUGGAAUCUCUGCUGCCAUUUUUAUCGUCAAGUUCAGUUCGUUGGACUUUUAAAUUGAUUUUGGUGUCAGAUUUUACUUUGCACAUUUUUGUGGAUACCUGUGUAAAUAGAACUUGGAGUUGAAAGAGAUCAAUUUAAAAUAUUUAAUGUUUUUUGUUGUCUGAAGAAAAGCAGAGUUUUUGUUUUCAGGUGUAUAUUGUACGCACAAUGCUGGCCUGAGUUGUCUAACAAGAUAUACAAGUUAUUUUUCACUGAACUACUGAUUUUGUCGAUCCAUUUCUUGGUGUAUAACUCCUUUUCAUGCGUGCCAUGAAAGAAAGGUGAAUGCUUCUCAAGUCUUUCAUUUCUUACAACUUGAGCGUUCCAUUUCCCCCUCAAAUAUUUAUAUUCUUCUGGUUUUGUGGUAAUAUUUUUUGGGAGGUGGAGGAGAAAUGUGGGAGUGGAGGUGAAGAAAAAGGAACUGUUGUGACAACAACUAAGUAGUAAGUACUUUGAUAUUCACAAUUGAUAUUAAAAUCAUUGAUGCGUUAAUAUAUUGGGUUAGAAUCCUGCUUUAUGAGGCAUGUUUGCACUGAGGGCACAUUACGAGAGGAUUUAGCCAGUAGAAGGCUGUCACCUGAAUCAAAUCUUUUGUCACGUCUGUUCCUUGAGACCCAGAUAAAUGUUUCUAACUAGUUGAUUUGCAGCAGAGUUCAGUGACCCCAGUUAAAGAAGUGGCAUUAACUCCAAAUCUGCCCCCUCCCCAUUUUGUUUCAUUUUUUUUGAGUGACGUGGCAAUUUCUGGUUCUAUAAAACACUGGUUUGUAUAAAUCUUCCAUUUAGCAAUAACAGAAUCUAUGACUAAGCUAAAAUUUCCAUUGGUUUACUUUAUGAUCCUUAUGUAAUGAAUUACAGAUAUUGUAACCUUAAUAGUUUACAAUGAUAACCCCUAUGAGCUCUAGUGUUGGCUUUUUAAUUGAAGGGAGAGGUGGAGUUUAAGUCAGCAAUGGGGUGAGUGUGUGUAAGUUAAGAAGAAAAUCACUUUGAGCAAGUAAUAUGAUCUAGUAGCAUGCAAGGUUAACGCUGAAAGCAGCAUGCUGUAUAAAUAUAUGUUCUUGUGACUGGAAAUCAGUGCAUUGCAAAGAAACUGGACUGUGCAGAUCUAUAAGGUUUGGGUGUUCAUUUUGGUACAAGUAGAGUAGUAGCUAUGACUGUGUUUGCCCUGAGUAGUGUUGUUACUCAGUCUACAGUAUGUGAAAAAUGCUUUAUUUGGGAAUGAAAGCUUGUUGAGCAAAUUGAUCAAAGGUUGGCCUAGAAAUAUGUUCAUAGUCUUGGAACUCUCCACAUGGCGAACGUUCCCACCUUUUUUUAAUGGGUGAAGAUAUGAAUAUGGCUAUAGUUUUAAAUUGUAAAACUACUGAUAUGGGAAAGCAAGAUUAGGGUGGUCGGGGUUUUUAUUUUUGGGUGGUUUUUCCAUGAAGAAAGACUUAAUGCUAGAACGCAGAAGCAGCAGACUGAUUCUGGCCGUAAUACUAAAAGGCAAUAAAAUGACAUCAGAUCAUAAAGCUGAACUCUGAAGAAAGGUGGGGGGGCCUCAUCCUUCCUAAGACACGUGGACCUACACGGCCUUGAAAGCCAGUUGUGGAUGGUGAGUGGAUUUGAAAAUCACAUUUUUGUCUCUGGCACUGUUUGUGUUUACAGCAAUAAUGUUAAUCUGACUUUCCAUGAAACACAUUGAUUUUUGUACUAGCAAUAAAUUUCUAGUCUACGUUUUUCUUGUAAGUAUAAUAAUGAUAUUGUUUAAUUUAAAAAUAUUUCAUGUGCGAAGAGUUUUAUAUGGAUAGUCUUUUAGUUAAUAUAUUAAAACGUGCUAAUUAUUUUCUCCUGGUAUUAAAACUGGAAGCAAAGUACCUUAAUUUCAUUUGGUAUUAGUGAAAUUCUGGAAGAUUUUGGAACGUGUGUAGUGGGAGAACAUCCUGGAUACACUGGGAAUACGUGUUUCUAAGCACUUGGUCCCUUACUGAUUUCCUUUACUCAGUAACUUAAAAAUAUUAUAAAUUAAUGUAAAUGCUGAUGACUUUCUGAGGUGUUGUAUUUACUGUCAAAUGCUCAAAUUAUGUUGAUUAUUAGAUUGUUUUCCCACCAGUUUCAUAGCUUGUGAUAAAACCUUGUUCUCCAGGGUAGCACACACUGCACAGACUUGACCAUCUGUGAAAUGGCAGCAAAGUUCCGGUGGCAAAAAGCAAUAAACUGAUGAAACCACUUUCUACGUA